UCGACCGUGUUGCGCGCUUUGCGCGGCCUUUCUCGGCCCAGGCUUAUUAUGCGUCCACGUACGGACAGACGCACCCGGAAUUUGCAGCGGUCGCGGCGGUGUGCGUCUAGGGUGUUCGGCUUGCCCAGUAGGGGGGCUAAAAACAGACGGUAGUCACUCCCAUCUAGGACAGGAAGCAUGGACGAACAAACCCGCAGUUGUUUGUUGAGGAAUCGUUCAGCGCUUGAGCAAGAUAUCAAGACCUCAUACAUUAUGGAUCACUUAAUAAGUGAAGAAGUUCUGAAUCUUGAUGAUGAACAGAAGGUUAAAGUUCAGGCUACACAGAAAGAACGAGCUGCUUUGCUUAUCGAUUUGAUACUUAAGAAGGACAAUUAUGCUGUUAUAUCUUUCUAUAAUGCAUUGCUGAAUGAAGGCUACAAGGAACUUGCUGCUCUUCUUCAAGAUGGCCUUCCGAUCAUAUCAGCCUCAAAUAAAAGUUCCAUGGAUGGUCUGACACCCUAUGUUCAAACUAUACUGUGUGAAGGUGGUGUACCACAGCGACCUGUUGUAUUUGUUGAUCGGCCAGAGCUUGUGAAAACCAUCAGAAAUGAAUUCUAUAAAUUGGAAAAGGAGCCUGGGUGGAUUACUAUAUCUGGGAUGGCAGGUUGUGGGAAGUCGGUUUUGGCAGCCGAAGCUUUAAGAAAUCAUGGAGUUAUAACUGAAUGCUUUCCUGGAGGAGUACACUGGUUAGCGGUUGGAAAACAGGAUCGUGCUGGUAUUCUCGUUAAACUGCAGAAUCUUUGCAGUCGAUUUAACCAGGAAUCCCACACUUAUCCAAGUCCACCUCUUAACAUUGAAGAAGCCAGGGACCGACUCCGUUUCCUGAUGGCACGUAAAUAUCCUAGAUCUCUUUUGGUCCUUGAUGAUGUUUGGGACAGCUGGGUACUAAAGUGCUUUGAUGUUCAGUGUCGUGUUCUGAUCACCAGCAGAGAUAUGAGCAUCGCAGAAGCAGUAUCAGGGAAUCAAUUUCACAUUUCUGUGCAAAGUGGUUUGAGCAAUGACAAGGGUCUAGAGAUACUGGCACGUUUUGCUAACAUGAAGGCGUCCUGUUUGCCAGAGGAAGCACACAGCAUAGUGCAGGAAUGCAAAGGUUCUCCUCUGGUUGUCUCCCUCAUCGGUGCUCUAUUGCGAGAAUUUCCAAAUCGAUGGUCUUAUUACCUCAAACAGCUGCAGAGUAAACAAUUCAAAAGAAUUCGUAAGUCAUCCUCCUAUGAUUAUGAGGCACUUGAUGAAGCUAUGGCAAUUAGCAUUGAGGUUUUGGAGAAGAGUCAUAGAGAAUACUACAAAGACUUCUCCAUACUAAAAAAGGAUGUGAAAGUGCCAACUAAAGUCCUGUGUAUUCUGUGGGAGUUGGAUGUGGAAGAAGUAGAAGACAUUUUACAAGUGUUUGUCAACAAAUCUUUACUGUUCUGUGACCGAAACAAGCAAUCUUUCCAGUAUUACCUGCAUGACUUGCAGUUGGAUUUUCUGAUUGAACAAAAUCACAAUCAACUUCCGGAAUUACAUGCCAAAAUGGUUCGUCAGUAUCAGAAGACAUAUAAAAAGCUGCUUCCAUCUCCUUCCGAUGAAGAUUGUAUGUAUUGGUACAGUUUUCUGGCUAACCAUAUGGCAAGAGCUAAUUUGAAUAAGGACCUCUACUCGCUGAUGUUUUCAGUGGAUUGGAUAAAGGCCAAGACUGAAAUGAUGGGUCCAGCUCAGUUAAUAAAUGACUUUGUGGAAUUUAGGCAUAUUCUGGAUGAGGAGAAUAGUACUGUGCGGGAAAAUUUUCAAGAAUUCCUGUCUUUGAAAGGACAUCUUAUGGUGCAGAAACCUUUUCCAGAUAUUGUGCAGUUGGGACUUUGUCAGCCAGACUCCUCUGAAGUGUACCGUCAAGCAAAACUGAAGGCUGUGGAAAAAGCCAAUAAUGGAGCUAUCUACUUGGAAUGGAUAAACAAGGCCACCUUGCAGAACUCAUCACGACUUGUUGUUCAACUUCACUGUGAUGCUGUUUUUCAUGCCUGUUUUUCUCAUGAUGGAUUGAAGAUAGCUUCUUGUGGAGCAGACAAAACUUUGCAGAUUUUUAAAAGUGAGUCUGGUGAGAAACUUUUGGAGCUGGUUGCACAUGAUGAUGAAGUGUUGUGCUGUGCAUUUUCACCAGAUGACAAGCUUGUUGCCACGUGCUCAGCUGAUACAAAAGUUAAGAUCUGGAAUUCAAUGACUGGCAACUUGAUUCACACACUCCGUGAACACAGCGAACAAGUCAACUGCUGUCAAUUUUCACAUUCACAGCAUAUGAUGAUAUUAGUUACAUGCUCCAAUGAUACCCUUGUGAAAACUUGGGACCUGAAGGGGACCAGCUGUAAAAACACUUUGUUUGGCCACGAGGCACCUGUUAACCAUUGCUGUUUUUCUCCUGAUGACCAAUAUCUAGCCAGCUGCUCCGAUGAUGGGACAGUGAAGCUAUGGAGAUAUGGUAACAUGUGGAAGUCCCUUGAUGUGAAGGAACAGUGCCGGAAAUCAGACGAUGAUGAUGAGGAGGAAGAGGUUCUACUGAAGUGUUGCUUGUGGUCGUCUGAUGGCACCCAAGUUCUAGCAACUGCAAAAAACACUCUUUUUAUUUAUAAUGUAAUGUCUGGUGACUUGGUAAAUGAAUUAACAAUGAGCCGUUACAGCACUAUUCAGUCUUGUGAUAUUUCUCCUACCAGACCAUUGCUGGCUGUGGCUUUGUCUCACAAUUCUGUUGAGUUAUGGGACAUGGUAUCACUUAAGAGAGUGGCUGACUGCAGUGGACACUUGAGCUGGGUUCAUUGUGUUCAAUUUUCACAUGAUGGUUCAAAAUUAUUGUCCUCUUCAGAUGACCAAACCGUUAGGCUAUGGGAGACAAAUAAAGUGCAUAGUUCCUCCGCUGCUUCUUUGAUACAGUGCAUGGAUGCAAUCUUCCAACAGAAUGAAACUUUUGUUCUAGUAUCUGACAAUAAAAAAUGUUUACAGCUAAUUAAUGGGGAAACUGGCGAUGCAGUGCAUCAGAGUGAUGCCCAGGAGUCUCGUAUUCGUUGUUGCUGCCUCAAUCAAGAUAUUAAUCUGGCUGCAUUUGGGUGUGGGGAUGGAAUCUUGAAGGUAGGCAUGAAGUCGGCCAGGUUCAUCCUACAGAACAUUGGUUGGAAGAGACAGCAAUUCCAGAAGAGCCUGUUGAUAGCAAUAGGGCUAGAAAAUGGCAUAGUGAAGGUUCUGGAACUUCCCAGUGGUAAAAUUAUCAGGACAUUAACAGGCCACACGAAAAGCGUUCAACAAUGCCGGUUUACACAUAAUGAGCAUGUGCUUAUUUCCAGUUCUGACGAUGCUACGAUAAGGGUAUGGAAUUGGUACACGGAGGAAUGCAAAGUCCUUGAAGCACACAUUGAACAAGUGAAAAACUUCAAGCUAUUACGAGGAUCACAGCUUCUAUCCUGGUCUUUUGAUGGCACUAUGAAGGUGUGGAAUUUCGUUACUGGAGAGUUGCUGAAGAACUUUCAUUGUCAUGAUGGAGCAGUUCUAUCGUGUGAUGCAUCACCUGAUGGCAAUAAAGUUGUUUCUGCUUCUGCUGAUAAAAGUGCCAAGAUCUGGAGCCUGAAGAACACCAUGCCUCCUCUUGUUCUGGCCGGCCACAAUGCUUGUGUUAGGAGCUGCAGAUUUACUUGGGAUAACGAAUACUUGGCAACUGGAGAUGACAAUGGUGAAAUCAGGAUCUGGAGGGUGAGAGAUGGUUCUCUGCUUCAUGUUUGUCCGAAUGAUGCAGAGAUCAAGGAUUCCAAACAUGGAGGCUGGGUCACAGAUCUUCACUUCUCUCCCAACAGCAGGAUUUUGGUCUCCACUGGAGGGUAUAUAAAGUGGUGGGAUAUGAAUACUGGAGAAUCUCUACAGACAUUCUACACAAAUGGGACAAACUUGAAAUCCAUACAUGUUUCAUCUGACUUCAAGACCUUUGUGACUAUUGACAAUAUUGGAAUCCUCUACAUCUUGAAAAUGAUAACCUGAAAUACAUUACUCUGAAGAGACAAAACAGCAGCUUUUGUGAUUUCUGCUGAGAGGAUUUACAUCUAUUGCAUUUAAAAUGCUUUAUUUGAAACUUUGAACAGAGCAAGCUUAUGGACUAUGAGCCAUUUUAUGUAAAUUUUCUAAUGGUUUUCAUACCCAACAAAUUGCUACUGAGCCAUGGAGAUUUAUUGGUGAUUUCAGCUACACGGAAACUAAGAGUGCCACAUGCAAGAACAGCAUGUGAUAAUAUUUUCUGUUAUUCACACCUCCUGCAUCCAGUGACUCCACUGCUGGUAUAUUAUUGCUUUGAGACUGUGGCGGAACGCAUUAAAGAUUUUAAGCACAGUGAGCAGCUUACAGAGGGUUUAAAGUACGUGACUGGUUUACAAAUGCUCAAGGCUACUUGAUCACUUUGCAAUAUGUGCUUGAUACUGUUUACAAAAAACACACACCGACUACUUUUCUACUCAGGUUUGCAGCUUUUCAUUUGAUAAGAAAAGAUGUUCUGUUUGAUACCUGAGGAUUGUUUGCAGGAUUUCAGGAACAGUGUUUCAGAGAAUGUUAUAAUCAGAGCUGAAUAAGAAUCUUAUUUGAAGAGUAUUGAUCCUAAAAAUGUUCAUUUAAACUUCACGCCUCUGUUUCUACCAAUUCUUAUUUUCAUAAUUCAUGCAAUUAAAAUUUUCAUUACUAU